AGACCAAAAAGGUUCAAACCCCAAAACAAGCAACACAAAAGCGGCCAAAGAGCUAGAGACCAAGAUGACACCAAGCAGCCAAAGUUCUGAAAACUCCAAAACUUGUCCAUCUAACAACUUCAAAGCAACCACCACGAAGGAAGACAACGACAAAGAUGAAGAAGAGGAAGAAGAAGAAGAAGAAGAAGAAGAGGAAGAUGAAGAAGAGAGAUCAGCAGAUCAGAGCCCAUCUAGCAAUAGCUAUGUGGAAGAGAGUGGGAGUCAACAUCAUCAUAAUAAUAAUGAUCAGAUCAAGAAAAAUGGUGGAUCUGUGAGGCCAUACAACCGCUCAAAGACUCCAAGGCUGCGAUGGACACCUGAGCUCCAUCUCUGCUUUCUUCAAGCUGUGGAGAGAUUGGGUGGACCAGAUAGAGCAACACCGAAGCUUGUUCUUCAGUUGAUGAACGUCAAGGGGCUAAGUAUUGCCCAUGUCAAGAGCCAUCUUCAGAUGUACAGAAGCAAGAAGAUCGAUGACCUAAAUCAAGGAGAUCAAGGAUUUUCUUUUGAACACGGAGCUGGUUACACUUAUAACCUUAGCCAACCUCCAAUGCUACAAAGUUUUGAUCAAGGGCCUUCUACUAGUUUAGGCAGAUACGGUGGCGGUUCGUGGAUCGACCAUAGACGACAGGUCUACCGUAGCCCUUGGAGAGGCUUAACGGCACGAGACAAUACAAGAACAAGACAAACACUGUUUAGCUCACAGCUUGGCGAGAGAUUUCAUGGAGUUAGCAAUAGUAUUCUUGAUGAUAAAAACAAAACUAUUUCGUUUCGAACCAAUUCUCGUGAAGCGGCUCAUGCCAGCAAUGGUAUAGGUGAAGCUGUUCCAAGAAGUCAUAGAAGUUUUCUUGAAGGUAUGAAGACGUUUAACAAAUCAUGGGGACAGAGCUUCCCCUCCAAUCCUAAUCCUUCGAUGCCAUCAAAACCACAAGAUCAUACUGCUGUGACAUUGAACUUUCAUCAAAGUGACAAUCCUCGAGUGGGAGAAGAAACGGAGAAUGACUUGAAGAGGAAAAGAUUGUUAUUAUCUGGUGACUACAAUAAGUCGAACCCAGAUUUGGAUCUAAGCUUGUCCCUUAAGGUACCUCCUACACACAACAAUCUUGGAGAAUGCUUGUUAGAAGAGGGAGAAAAAGAGCAUGAAGAUAGCAAGCGGUUAUCUCUUUCAUUAUCUUCAUCGAGUUUAUCACAGCAUGGUCGAGCCAUUAGGAAAGAAGAUCAAAAUGAUCAUAAAAAGAGAAAGAUUUCGGUCUUGGCAAGUCCCCUUGAUCUCACUUUAUGAAUAUAUACUGCAACAUAUAUAUACGUAUAUUCUAAGUGAGAUGUUGAGGUACUUGUUGAUGGAAGACGGUUCUUUGUGGUUUAUCAUUCGUUGCAUACUUGUGACAAGACCCAUAACUAAGGUAAUAAUAGAGACAUUUUUAAACGUUAUUUGUCCUUUUUCCACAUAUUUUUUCAAGAUGUUAAAUGCUUGUUAAAUAUAAAUGUUUGUGAUCGAAUUGUGAGCAGAAAUUUUUUUUUUCUGAAUAGUAGUAUCCAAGAAAUAGAUUUGCGAGUUA